AUGAAUAUUAUUCACGCUACAACACUCAAUGACUUCAGUGAGAUCGUCUGUUUAUUCCAAGAAUUCAGGGAUUUCGCCAAUAUUGAUGGAUGCCGCUUGGAAAUGGCAGAGGAAAUUAAAGUUGAAUCUCUACCAGGGAUAUAUGCACCUCCUAAAGGAAGACUGUUCUUGGUUUCCGAUGAUGGGAACGCUGCGGGAUGUGUUGGACUGGCAGAAUUGGAACCUGGUAUUUGUGAAUUGAAGCAUCUAUAUGUACGAUCGAAAUUUCAAGGGAAAAAACUAGGAAGAAAAUUAGUUGAAACAGCUAUUCAGGAAGCACGAAGUAUUGGUUACACACAGAUGAGACUGAGUACUCGAGAAAUGUUGAAAGCAGCCAUAUCCCUUUACAAAUCGCUAGAGUUAGAAAGAGCUGAUUCGUUACCGAAAUCUCAUCAUUAUAGCGCAUGUGUUAACGCCUUUCUAAUUCGUCAUGAAUUCUAUGACAAUUGCCUAUCGAAAACCGCCGGCUAUAUCUCUUACGGUAGACCAAUUGCCGAUAUGCUACUGUUGCUGGCUCAAAUAGUAAAUUUACCUAGAGAUACAAGGGACAUAGCAGCAUUUGCGAUGAUCUCUAAACCAAUUUUCUAUAUUAUCGAUCUUCGAUUAACUUUGGAGACUGAUGACAAGAUGACUAACUUACGAAUAUUUCUUGAUAAAGUGGCAAGCAGAAAUAGACGACUGCUGUUGGUUUUACAUGAUGGGAACGCUGCAGGAUGUGUUGGACUGGCAGAAUUGAAACCUGGCGUGUGUGAAAUGAAGCAUCUAUAUGUAAGACCGAAAUUUCAAGGGAAAAAACUGGGAAGAAAACUAGUUGAAACAAUUAUUCAAGAAGCACAGAGCAUUGGUUACUCACGGAUGAGACUGGGCACUCUAGAAAUGUUAAAAGCAGCAAUGUCCAUUUAUAAAUCAUGCGGUUUUAAGGAAAUCCGCCGCUAUAUUUACCAAUACGAUCCGUGCAUUGAAAUAAUUGACUUAGAACUGGACUUAAUACAAUGA